AUGGAAGAGAGUUCGCAAGUUCAAUUCUUUAAUUUGACCAUUUAUAUUACCACUUUAAGUAUCGACAAAAAGAUUAAAGUUGGCGGUAAUUAUGACAUUGGCUCUGUCAUGUUGAAAUUAGUCGAAGAACUGGGUAUUCCUAUGGAUUGGUCCGACCACGCAUUAUGGUGGCCAUCCAAGAAACGUUGGCUAUUACAACAUCGUAUGUCACUCGAUGCUUGUAGUGUUCAAGCGGAUUCCAAUCUUUAUUUUACACCAACUCAUAAAGUUCUGAAGAUUCAAUUACCUGAUUUACAGUAUUACGAUAUGAGAGUCGAUUUCUCGGUGACCGCUUUCAAUGCAGUCAUGUAUCUAUGCAAUGAUUUAGGGAUUCGACAUCCUGAAGAAUUAUCAUUAAUGCGAGUACCUACUACUAAAUCAAGUGCACGUAAAAAGCAAAACGCUACAGUAACCAAGAAAGACAGUAGUAUCAAUACCAGUUUAAAAUCCAACGAUUCCAAUAAAUCAAUAUCCGGUGUCCACGACGAGUCCGAUUCACUCAGUACAACGGCUCUAACUUCAUCGCGCUUAGAUACCUUAAAUGUAUCGGUGGUCAGGCCUGAAGCACUAGCCAAUAGUCCACUAACACCUUCACAAGAUAUCUUGCGUGCAUUAUUCAAGAAUAGUUCAUUCAGUGAUCGAGUUAAAAAAAAUUCCAAUUGGUUGGAUUCAUCACGGUCUUUAAUGGAACAAGAUAUAGUGGAAGGGGAUACCGUUCAAUUACGAUUCAAAUAUCAUAACAUUUUCCAAUUAAACACCAAGUUGGAUGAAGUUAGAAUCAAUCAACUAUAUGAACAAAUUAGGUGGUCUACCUUAACAGAAGAUAUUGAUUGCACUGAUGAAGAAAUGAUACAAUUUGCCGCUUUACAGUUUCACAUUUACCUCAUCGGAAAGUGCGAUAACAAGAGUGGAAAUCGAUCAAAUGACAAUGAUGACAUUGAUGCAGCUCUUUCAGAUUUACAGGUAUCCUUGGAAGGUGCAGGAAAGGGCCUUAACCAGGACAGCGGUACCAUACCGGAGCUGUGUGACUAUCUAAAAUAUUUCAAGUUGCAAAGAUUUGCUCUAAAAUCAUUCAAAAAGUGUUAUUGCGUUGUCAAAGAUAUGAUUUUAGCCUUUUACAAGCAUAAAGAUGACGUUGCUGGCGAACCUACAUCUUUUACAGGUUGUCAAGUUACCCCAGAUGUCAACGUUAGUAAGGGAAAAUAUAUGAUUAAAUUAGUCUUGCCAUCGGAUGAUGACUCUGGACACCUUUUAUUAUGUGAAACGGAAUUACAAUAUGCGCAAUGGAUGGCAGCAUUCCGAUUAGCUUCAAGAAAUAAGACCAUGGCAGACAGUAGUUAUGAUCCAGAAAUCUCUAGCAUUUUAGCAUUUUUAAGUAUGCAGCGAAGAAAGCAAACUCCCAUUGACAUAGGACUGCAGACAGAUGUUCAACCGCAGGACUUUGUAAAUGGUACAUUCUUAAAAAAAUAUAAGACCAAACAAGUAUGUAGAAUGUGGAUAUUCAUUGCACAUAUGAUUCUUGAACAGAGAUCGUCAUUUGCUGAAUUAUCUACCGUGGAUGCAAAAUUAAAAUUUAUCAGAAUCUGGGAAGCUUUGCCAGGAUGCACAACAACGUGCUUUUACGUUAAAUUUAGAAAUCAACGAAAAGAAGCUACGGAACUACUAGGAGUCACAUACAAUUCAAUAGUUAGAAUGGAUCCACAUAGUCACAGUAUAUUGAGUACAUGGCGUUUCAGUACAAUGAAAUCCUGGAACGUAAAUUGGGAAAUAAGAGAAUUACAAAUUGAAUUUGAUGAGAGUACACUAUCAUUCGCUUGCUCUAUUAAUGAUUGCAAAGUUAUUCAUGAAUUUAUUGGCGGAUACAUUUAUUUAUCAAUGCGAAAAGAGGGCCAUCAAGCUGCUGAUGAAGAAAUGUUCCAUAAAUUGACUGGAGGCUGGGAUAAUGCCCUGCAAUAUCAUUUCUCUGGAUAG